GUUAACAUGUUAAUAAUCAGGAAAUCGAAUUGAAUUGGCCUGAAGGCACCAAUAUUCCGGAAGUUUGGGGUUCUCUUGGACGCUCUAGGAACAACGGAGGACCCAGAUAUCGAUGGUUGGAGGGCUGGAACUGAGGUUGGCUGGGGGGCUUGGGGAGGACAAAGGGGGCCGUUCCCGGGCUUGCCUGGGAGGGCGCCAGAAGUGGCCAUUCCCACCUGGCCUGGUCUGGAGCGGUGACGGUGAUGGCGGCUGUAGUGGGUGGGGUACGGGCGACGAGCGGGCAAGAGGCUGGUGGCAGCCUGAAGAAGAAAUUCCCUCUUCAAGAGCCAAAUAUGGUGCAGGCAAUGGCUGUGUUUCAUACCCAAAAGGAGUCCAAGAAAUUAGUCUUCCCACAAAAGAAUAUCUACAAGGAUCAGGUGCUGGAGAAUGAUGGAAACAUGAGUCCAUUAGAUUGUGAGAACAGGACUAGAAAGAAGGACUGGAAACCAAAGAAGGAAAUCUCUGAUGAUGUUAGUCCAGACAUCAGAAGCAAUAGCAAGUCCAAUUCCACAAAGAUUUGAGUUGGUGGAAAUCAAGGUAUGUAAAGAUGAGUUAAAGGGGCACAAUUUAAACCUCUCAGAGGAUGGGAUGAGUCAGACCCGUUCCCAGAAGAGAAGUUUCAGGCAAGUGAAUAUCACCCAAAGGAAAAGUCUUAAAGAAGAGAGUGGCAAAGAAGAUAAUGAGACAGAGAGAAACUUCACUGAAAGCUCCAACCUCAUUAGACAGCAGAGAGUUCCUGCAGGGAAGGGAUUCCAGAGAUUUGAAAUGUAUGAUCAGAGGUCAAAAAAAAAAGUCAGAAUUUAAUGAAUAUCAAAAAAGUCAUACUUUAAAGAGAGCCCAUGAAUGUAAUGAGUGUAGAAAAGUCUUUAGCCGGGGAUCAAAUCUUACCAUACACCAAAGAAUUCAUAUGGGAAAGAAACCCUAUAUAUGUGAUGAAUGUGGGGAAGGUUUUAAUCAGAGCUCUAAUCUCUGUAGACAUCAGAGAAUUCAUAGUGGGGAGAAUCCUUAUGAAUGUCAUGAAUGUGGAAGAGCCUUCAAGGGGAGCUCAAACCUUAUCCUGCAUCAGAGAAUUCACAGUGAAGGGAAACCCUAUGUUUGUAAAGAAUGUGGGAAAGCCUUUAGUCAAAGUUCACACCUUGUUGCACACAAGAGAAUUCAUACUGGGGAGAAACCCUAUGAAUGUAAUGAAUGUGGAAAAACAUUCAGACAGAGUUCACUCCUUAUUCAACACCAGAGGAUCCACAGUGGAGAGAAACCUUAUAGAUGUCACAAAUGUGGAAAAGCCUUCAGUGGUGCACAGUCUUUCUUAAGCAUCAAAGACUUCAUGCUGUUGGAACUUGAUGAACAGGCCUUAAAUCAGAACCCAGGCCUUAAAGGACAGCAGAGCAUUAAUAAAAAAGAGAAACUUUAUGAAUGUAAUGAGUGUGGCAAAGCCUUCCGGUGUAGCUCAGAUCUGAUUAGACAACAGAUAACGCACACUGGCGAGAAACCCUAUGAAUGUAAUGAAUGUGGCAAAGCUUUCAGUCAGAACUCAAUCCUUAUAGAACAUCAGAGAAUUCAUUUGGGAGAAAAGCCUUAUAAAUGUAGCAAAUGUGGAAAAGCAUUAAGGAGGAGCUCACAACUUAUUCAGCAUCAGAGAAUUCAUAGUGGAAAGAAGCCCUAUGAAUGCAAUGAAUGUGGGAAAACAUUUAAUCAAAGUUCAGCCCUUAAUAGACAUCACAGGAUUCAUAGUGGAGAAAAACCCUAUGAAUGUAAUAAAUGUGGGAAAGCCUUCAGGUAGAGCUCAGAUCUUGGUAGGCAUCAGAAAAUUCAUAUUGGAAAGAAUAUUAGGGGAAGUUAGGUGUUUCAGUGGUUAGAGAACCAGGACUGGAGACAGAAGGUCCUGAGUUCAAAUGUAGCCUUAGAUACUUCCUAGCCAGGUAAUCCUGGGCAAAUUACUUACCCCCAGUUGCCUAGCCCUUACUGUUCUUCUGCCUUGAUACUUAAUAUCAACUCUUAAAACAGAAGGUAAGAGUUUUUUAAAAAGAAAAGAAAAAAGCACUUAUGAAUGCAAUCAGUGCAAAAAAGUCUUUAGUCAGGGUUUGGCCCUAAGCAUUAAAGAAUCCAUGCUACAGUAUAGCCCUCUGAAUAUAAUUAUGACAAAAUGCCAGCUUGUUUUUACUUUUGUUAAAUAUUGGAGAAUAUAUUUUAUGGUAUAGUCUCAUCAAAAGCUAUGGUCUCAAGAACAAAAGUUUCAUUUUAAUCAUCAAGAAUUAUAUAAUAGAGGGACACAUAGGAAAGGUUGAGAUGAAAAUGUAACAUCCUUUUCCAAAGUUUCUUUGGCAUCAGAAAAUGGUAUAAAUUGGGUAGAACAAUCUGACAUCUCCUUAUCUAAUGUUCCUACCAGGGGGCUAGCAAGUCUAGUAGGCCACACCAAUUCCCAAACUGUAGAGAUCUUCACAGCAACAAUACUAGAGGAGAAAUAAAUAGGGCAAGUGGGAGAACAUAACGAAAAAGUUGGAUUUAGUACUAGAGGGUCUGAUUGUAAGAAAUAGCCUCUUUUGGCCUCGUUUCCUUAUCUGUAAAAUAGGGAUAAUGAUAAUGCCUACCUCACAGGGCUGUUGUGAGGAUCAGUGACAUAUGAAAAAUCAUUCGAGCCCUAGAGCACCUUUAAUUCAAUUUUUGCUUUUUUUGAAUUCUGAAUUUAAAUAGUGUAAAAAAAUAGUAUUUCCAUAUACACAACAAAAAAGAGGAUGGUUUAUAAAAUUCUGAUUUCCAUUUUAUACCACUUGUUAUUUAUAUUACAAAGAAGUUGUAAUAAAUUCCACAUUAUUUUCAAAA